GAAACCGGAAGUCCUGCUUCUGCAUAGUCGGUGUCUCCAGUAAAAUGGCGGCUGCCGUAGGUGUUUCUGGGAGAAUCUCUGGCUGAGGCUUGCUGCAGGUUCCAUGUUACAGAGGUUGGCUCGCCCGCCGGCUGUAGGACUGAGAGCUGUCAUUACCCGGGCGGCAGCCAGUGGCCGGACCGCAGCCAUGCCGAGAAAAGAGAGCAAGGAGGGAAAAGGACAUAAGAAAGGUUCCACACAACCUUCUACACUCGCACCAGCGGAUCCAGUUGGAAGAGACAAGAGUGGGGCGGUUACCAUUGCUAUUCAUGCCAAGCCUGGCUCUAAACAAAAUGCGAUAACAGAUGUAACGCCUGAAGCUGUAGGUGUUGCCAUUGCUGCUCCUCCAACAGAAGGUGAGGCAAAUGCAGAGUUGUGUCGCUAUCUUUCAAAGGUUCUUGAAGUAAAGAAAAGUGAAGUUGUUCUUGAUAAGGGAGGAAAAUCUCGAGAGAAAAUAGUGAAAAUUUCAGCUGCAAUUACCCCAGAAGAUGUUUUGGAAAAGUUAAAGAGGGAAGCAUCUGGAAGCUGAGAGAAACAAAUUAUGAAAUGAUCUGCAAGGAACCAUUUUAAGAAAGUUUACAUAUUUUUAAAGGGGCACAACACUCACCCCUAAAACAUCUAAUAGCAAAACUGAAUGCAGCAUUGUGUAUGACAUAAUCUCAUAUUUGUAUCCAUUUUUUGUGGGACUCUCCAGGAACUUAAACGACAAAAUCUACCUAAAAGAGCAUCAUAUAAACACAUACAGUAAUUUAGUUUUUCAUGAAUCUAGAUGCAUGUUUGAAAAACCCCCCAAAACAACAAAACUGCAAUGCCUCUCAUUUCCACGGGUUACUGUUGAUUAAGUACAAUAGUGAAACAUGUGCAACAUUUUAAAACCAGUCUACAUCGAGAUACUGCUCCUACACAGUUUGUACAACAACGGAAUGCUAAUAUGUACAUAAAACAUCAGACUUUAGAACCUUUUUUUCUAAAUGUGACCAUUACAAAUUUUUUUUUACCAUGCGUUUUUUUUUAUAAUUAUG